GUAAUAAAAAUCUAAAUGAAAUCUUCCUUUGGAGAAACCGAGAAAAAUCAAUUUGCUCUUAGCUAAGUGCCAUUCCGUGGCAUCUUUUUAUUUACUAACACUGUAAAUCUACUUGCAUAUUUGGUAUAUACUUAUGCAAUUUUCAACUAAGUUGACCUCUAUCCUUGGUAUUAGCUUGGACUUGUGAUGGCUUUUAGCAUUCACUCUCUCAUUAAUCUAAUAACAGUUAAAAACCUAAAUUAAACUCUAUUGAAAUUUUAAAAGGGUUCUUGCGUUUUUGUUGGAUUGCUCCACUUUAUCUGUGCCAUAUUGAGCAAAAUGGGAUUUAUUGAAUAUUACAACGAAAAUCAAAAAACAUAAGACAUAAUUUGCAUCAUCAUUUUAGUUUUCUUUAUCAUUGAAAUUUUUGUAGACAUCUUAAACUACAAGUUCUUUUAAAAGAUCUUAAGAUUAAUCAAUGGAGAACCUGAAGAAAGACAAUAAUCUGAAUCAUUUUCAGAAGACAAUGAAGAAGAAGAAUCAGAACAAAAGAAAUAGAAAUUAGAAUAAAACGACAUCGAAAACUAACAAUAAAUUCAAACUGCUUUAUAGAAUGAAUCUAAAUACAUUGAGGAAAAUACCUAAAGAGCAUUAUACACUACAGGUUUCUAGCAUAUGUGCUGA